CCCCCCGAAUCGGGCUUGGGCGGCGGGGGCGCGGGAUGGCGGAAACGGCCGCCGCGAGCAACGCGGGGCGGGGGGGGGGGACGGGCAAAGGGCGGCGGGCGGCAGCGCGGCCGCCCGCCGCGAGACGGGCAACAACGUUUUUGCAACGUCCCGCGCGGGCACGCAGGCGAAAGCAAAACGAUGGUGCAACGGGAACGGAAGGAAGAGCAGGAAAAGGGAAUCAAGAAGAACGAGGAGGGGUAAGCCGGCCGGGGAGGAAGCGCGCCAGGCAGGACUUCUUCAGCGCACCUCGGGAGCAGCGGCUCGGCGGCUGCUGGAGGAGCUGGCCCCCGCGGCACGGUGCAGCGGCGGGCGAAGAAAAAUGAUUGGACGCCCUCUGGAAGAGACGAUGAGCGCGCUGCACGAGGGUGAAGGGGCCCCAGGGGCAAUGAGAGAGGAGCAGGCAGAGGACGGGGCGCGGGAGAGCUGGAGAUGGGGAGAUCAACCGGGGGGCGAAGCGGGCGCGCGCGUGCGCCCUGGAGCGUCUGGAAAGCGCGACCCCCAGCGACGCAGGCGCGGUGAGGGCGAGAAGGCCACAGGCGCGCGCGCGACUGUGCGAGCCGCUCGCAAGGCGCGCCUGGCCCCCUCUCGAGGCGUCUUGCUCGGAUGGCCUCGCUGCGACCGCCAGCCCUGAGCCUCCCCCCGCCUUCCUGACCCAGCCGCGAUCUGUGUCGGUGUAUAGCUGGCGUUCGCCAAUCCCGCGGCCGAGCCUGGCGGAGGCGAAAAAAAUGCCAGCAGCAAAGCUGGUGAAGCAGCCGGCAAGGACCUACCUGCGAGAGUCAUCGCAGUGUGGGUAAGGUAUCCGCCGACGGCGACAUCGCCGUCGUCAGCGCUGCUGGACGUCGUCGCCGUCGAGCAAGAAGAUAGGAAGAGAAGGGGAGAGGAGGAGGAGGAGGAGGAGGAGGAGCGGCGAAGCAUGCGCUCCUGAGUGCGCGUUCUGCGGGCGGGCGACUGCGCCAGCAUGCUGCAUAACGUCCGCAUUACCUUAUAACCGGAGGAUGCCCGAUUGAGACAUGGGCGCUCCUCCUCGUUCGCAUUCUUGGGUGGCCGCUGCUUCAAACGGCCCUUCUGUGAAUCGGGUCAGAAGGGCUGCGCUGCACUGCACGAAGCACGCAGACGAAGGCGGCAAAAAACAACUAGCAUGCAAGACCUUCAACAAAAAACAUGGAAACGUUCGCUUUGCGCUUUGCCCCCCCCCCCCCCCCCUCCCGAAACCGCGGGCACUCGCGUCACCAAGGCACGGCUUGGUCAGCCCGCGCCCGGCGAAAAAAGCGGCACAGCGCCGUGGCCCGCCGGCCCCCUGUGCUGGAAGCGUCGGAUGGAGGCCGCUGGAAGCGCGGGGAGGGGCAAGAAGAAGAAGAAGAAGAAAUACAACAACAAUAAUAAACAUAAGCGACGAUCCGCUGAGGGGAGGGGGGGUACGCCGGGAUGCCCGCUGCAGGCACGCGCGCAAAGCGGAAGGCCUGCGACCAGUCAGCAGGAGGAGGAGGAGGGGGAGGGGGAGGAGGAGGAGGAGGAGGAGGAGGAUGAGAAGGAGGAGGAGGAAAGCAAGGCUGAGUUCGUCCCGUAUCGGUCGGCAACCUUGACCUUGUCAGCCAGCGGAUCCGAACAGAUGCAAUUAGCGCCACUGGCAUGCCGAAGCUCUGCCGGGACUCGCUGGGGGAGCUCGAGGGACGAGAGGGGCGAGGCUCCCGGAGCUCGCGGAGCUCCCGCGCGGGCGCGCGCACCGGAGGGCGCGAAGUGUCCCGCACCAGUGCGGGCCCUUCUCUGGCGGCUCGCUCGCGCACGCGGCUCCUCU